CUUAAGCCUGGCCACCUGCCGGGGACACUUGUGGUUGGUUGUUGCCCUCGGGUCGUUUCCGGGCGGGCGGAGACAGGAAUCCAGCCAUGGGAGAUACUGUGGGGACUCGCGAGCCCCGGACCCGUCCGAGAGAGCGAGACCCAGAGCGGCGCCCGCACCCGGACCGAGACCGCCACGUCGAGCGGCCCCGGGACCGAGCCAGGGACAGGCCCCGGGAGAGGAACGGGGACGUGAGAGGAAACGGGGACCGUCGGGCGGGCAGGGAACGGAGGACGGACCGAGACCCGCGCCAGGACAGACACAGGGACGCGGGCCAUCGUGCUGCUGAACAAAGAGCCUGGGAGAAGCCCCGCCAAAGCCGUGCGCGGCCCGAGCCCUGGGUACCCAGUUGGGACACAGCCCCGAUCCCCGGGCCCGCGCCCUGGGGGGCCCCGGAGCGGCCGCCGAAGCAGGGCCUCGGGCGCCGCGGGUUGGACAGUGAACUCGCUUCGGAGAGAUACGUGUCCGUGCACUCCCGGCCUGCACAACAGGAAGAGGAAUACUACCAAUCUGAAGCUGAGGGGCUCCUGGACUGCCACAAAUGCAGAUACUUGUGCUCAGGGAGAGCCUGCUGCCAGAUGCUGGAGGUUCUGCUGAACUUGCUGAUCUUGGCCUGCAGCUCUGUCUCUUACAAUUCCACGGGGGGCUACACGGGCAUCACCAGCCUGGGGGGGAUUUACUACUACCAGUACGGAGGGGCUUAUAGUGGCUUCAGUGGUGCCGACGGGGAGAAAGCCCAGCAGCUGGACGUGCAGUUCUAUCAGCUCAAGCUGCCCACGGUCACUGCAGCAAUGGCCUACAGCGGAGCCCUCAUGACCUUCUCCUGUCUCCUCAUCCUCGGGGGUGUCCUGCGGGUCCCAUGGCACUGUCCGCUGUGGCUGGUGAUUGAGGGCUUGAUGGACGUGCUCAUCGCCGGGGCAUACAUCCCGGCCUUGUGCUUCUUCUUCCAACGCCUCUCUGAUGCCUACAGCUCGGAUGUGUGCAAGGAGAGGGAGACCCUGUACCAGAGUAAAGGCUACAGCGGCUUCAGCUGCAGCGUCCAUGGGGGAGACAUAGGAACGGGAGUGUUUGCAGCCAUGGGCAUUGUGGUCUUUGCCGUGGGAGCUGUCCUGGCCUUUAGGGGCUACCGAAAAGUCAAGAAGCUGAAGGAGAAGCCCUCAGAGAUGCUUGAGUUUUAGACUUCUAGAAUGUUCUGCUGAGUGUACACGACAGAAGCCGCUUUCAACCAUAAUCUUUCACGAGAAUUCUUUGAUGUGGAAUUCACUAAUGCUUCCAAAGUACCAAGCCAGUGUAGGUAUGCUGGGCGAGCUCCUGGUUGCCUGGAGCAGUGUUUCUCUGGUUUCUGGAAUCUUCUGUGGAUGUGGAACUAACCAAAAAUAUACCAAAACCGAGAGCCAGACAUGGUGGUACAGGCCUGUAAUCUUAUAAUCCCAGCACUUAAGGCUGAGGCAAGAGAAUCUUGAGUCCAAGACUCGUCUGUGCCAAAUACCAAGACCAGAUAGAGAAGGAGCUAGGAGAGGCCAGGACCCACAGGGGGAAGACAGGGUACACUCCAUGAUCAGGGCAGGGGCCAUUGCACUAGAAGCUUAUCUUUAGAGUUCAUGGAAAGCUACAUUGACAGAAGACAGCUCAGCCUGAACUGUCUGUUCUAAACCCGGCUCUCUUCAGUAGAUGCACCAGGUAUCUCCAUACUGAGUAUCUGGUCCCUGCAUUCCUUCAACUCGGUGGAUUCUGGGGACACUUCCCCAGAAAAGCUUAAGUGUGAGGGCGUAGCAUAAAGAAAAGAGAAUCAGAUUAAAUUCACUGAGCUGCAAAGAAACCAUUCUCCAGGCCCCUCACAGCGGCCCAGAGCCCUCAAUGAGCAUUUGUACCUCUCGUAAAUGUGCCAUUGUAUGAAGAAUCCAACCCCAGAGCUGGUAUUCAGGAUCUACCCAAAAGAAAAGAAUGUAAAGUCUUUUUCUCAGCAGAAGAAUGUUACUUUUGGCCAGAUAACUCCAUGGACUGGAUGGACUAUGUGAAUUACAGCUUGGGAUCAUUACAGUAUUUUCUGGUACAAGUGACUAUGUUCUUUGAUGAGAAUCCAAGCAUUUCAAAGAAAAAGUUUAAUUUGGAGGCAGCGGUUUUCUUUAUGUUCAUAAUACACUGUUCACUUAAAUGCCAUUGAUCGACUUAGAAGACUUUGGGUUUAGGGACAGAAUCACAUACCUCUGUAGUCCAUGAAUACCAUAAGAUUUUGCUCAAAGAAAGAUUUUUAUUUUUCAUUCUAUAGAUAUUGUGACUGCACAUAUUCAUUUUAUUUUCACAAAA